ACCGCCUUCCUGCCCACUCUCCGCUUCACUUCCUGGUUUUUUUCACGGAGGUUGCCAAACGGUCUGUCAAACAAGCCCAAAGUUGUCCGGACCCAGGGGAGGAUGAGCCCGGCAGCGGCGAGGAGGACACCACAGCCGAUAGGCCAAGCUUGUGCAGCGUGUAAAUGGCGUUUUAUAAAAUGAUAAGCAGAGGUUGUGUUUCUGUCGGCUCCCAGGCAGCGGCGGCAGGUUAGCUGCUGUUAGCCUGUUAGCUCCUGUUAGCAUCCAGUGUGUAGUUUGAAAGCAGCUCGCUUCAAGUGAUUCAGAGGAGUCUGCUGAAGAGGACAAACAUGGAGAACAAGGACAAAGUGCAGAUGAGAAACCACCCUCGAAGACAGCUAAAGAAGCUGAGCGAGGACAGCCUCACCAAGCAGCCAGAGGAAGUGUUUGAUGUCCUGGAGAAGCUGGGUGAAGGGUCUUAUGGCUGUGUGUUUAAGGCACAUUAUAAAGAAACAGGGGAGAUUGUGGCCAUCAAACAAGUCCCUGUGGAGUCUGAUCUUCAGGAGAUAAUCAAGGAAAUCUCCAUCAUGCAGCAGUGCAACAGUCCACAUGUAGUGCGAUACUACGGCAGCUACUUCAAAAAUAGCGACCUGUGGAUCGUCAUGGAAUAUUGUGGUGCCGGAUCAGUAUCUGAUAUCAUCCGAAUACGUAGCAAAACGCUUACAGAAGAAGAGAUUGCUACCAUCCUGCAGUCGACUCUGAAAGGUCUGGAGUAUCUUCACUUCAUGAGGAAGAUCCACCGAGACAUCAAAGCAGGCAACAUCCUCCUGAACACAGAGGGUCAAGCCAAAUUAGCCGACUUUGGAGUUGCUGGACAGCUGACAGACACCAUGGCGAAGCGGAACACAGUGAUUGGCACGCCGUUCUGGAUGGCUCCAGAGGUUAUACAGGAGAUCGGCUACAACUGUGUGGCCGACAUCUGGUCCCUGGGAAUCACAGCUAUAGAGAUGGCAGAGGGCAAACCGCCCUAUGCAGACAUACACCCGAUGAGGGCAAUUUUCAUGAUUCCCACCAACCCUCCUCCAAAGUUUCGAAACCCAGAUCUGUGGUCUCCACCCUUUCAAGACUUUGUCAGCCAGUGUUUGGUGAAAAACCCAGAGACCAGGGCGACGGCCACACAGUUGUUACAGCAUCCUUUUAUUAAGUCAGCCAAGCCCAGUUCCAUCCUCAGAGCCCUGAUUACAGACGCCAUGGAGAUUAAACUGAAGAGACAAGAAGAGGCCGAACAGAGAGAGCAGGAUGCUGAAGAUGACGACAACUCAGAUGACGACGAGGUCGACCAGGGCACGAUGGUGCGGGCGGGAACAGGUGAUUCAGGAACCAUUCGGGCAGCCGGUUCAUUAGCAAGUUCACUUGGUGGCACAGCACGGACUAUGAUCGAGCAUGAGGACACGGGAACCAUGCAGUCACAGCUAGGCACCAUGGUCAUCAACUCUGACGAUGAGGAUGAGGAGGAAGCUGGUACCAUGAAAAGGAGAGAUGAGACGAUGCAGCCAGCCAAGCCGUCCUUCCUGGAGUAUUUUGAGCAGAAAGAGAAGGAGGCCAACAGUCACAACGAUGGAGGAGGAAGAGGAGAAAACAACGCCGACAACCGCAAGCUGUCUGCUGAAGGAGAUCUUGAAGUGGUGAGUUCGUGGUCGGUGGAGGAGCUGCGGCUGAGACUCGCCUCUCUGGACCCUCAGAUGGAGCAGGAGAUUGAGGAGAUCCGUCAGCGGUACCAGGCCAAGAGACAGCCCAUCCUCGACGCCAUUGAGGCCAAAAAGCGGCGGCAGCAGAACUUCUGAGACAGACCUGUGAGCUCCUCACAGCAGCGACUGGAGAAUCGAUGUCAUGGUUUCUACAGCAGUUUGGAGAAACGUCACUGAGGCUGUGCUCAGAAUUCUUCAUCCUAAUAACCGGUCAUGAGAUGAUGCAGCUGGAUGUAAGGACGUGACCAUCAUCACUUCAGAUGUCAAACUGCUGUGUUUGGUAAAGAAGAACUUCCAGAGAGCUGUUUCUCUCUUCUACAGAAUGUUAUUGACAUUUACUGUUGUUUGAUUUAAGAUCCAUAUUCAUUCUUUUUUCCACCUUCUUGAGGUAAUCUGGAGCCUUUAGGGGGAGUAAUAUAUUUUAUUACAACCUGCUGUAUAUCCAUCAAUAUGACUGUUGUGGCUCUGAUUGUCAUGCUGCCUUUGCACUCCACCCUCAUCGUAGAGGUUUGGAGAAACAGUUAAACUGGGGGCAAUUAGCUUGCAGCGUUUCAAAGAAAGACGAUUUUUACAUAAAUCAUUUUUGAGUCCAUGGAAAAGUAAACCGAAAUUAGCGAGCUGGAAUAAACAUGUUUCUAUAGCUCCUACAACCAGGAGACAGGAGAGCUCAGCGUCUUUUGUUUCCAGCUGAGUUCAGAGAGGUGAAACAUCAGUACAAAGUUAGCAUGAGCUAGACUGACACAAAACACAUCAAGCUGAAAUGAAUUCAAACUCUCUUUGAAGAGCUGAGGUGCAUUUCUGUUGUGAACAAUUCAAGAAAUGACAGUUAAAGUUUCAUUCCUAUCAUCAGAGUCCAGAUGAACUGGUUUGAAUCGGCUCAUCUGGUUUCUUUCUGCUUGCAUUCACUAUAGUACGGUGAAAAUGCUAAAAGAGCCCAUCAGAUCUCAUUACGAUAGUUUUUUUUUUUACUUCAUAGUGCGGUACAUCUUCAUUGUAAGCGCUGAGGUUCAGCUUAGGUACUCGUCUGUUCAUUCCUCGACCGUUUCCUGUUCAGUCAUCGUUGGCAAACAACGAUCAAGUUCUCUGUUUCCCUCUGCAGACUGAGAACAUCUAGAAGAGUCAAGAAAGGGAUCAAUUUUUGAAAACAAAGUCACACAAAGUCCUGAAAAUACAGGAGGAAAGUUGUUCCAGCCCUCAGACCAUGUGUUUGGUUUCAGUCCUACUGAGUUUAGUUUCAUGGUUUAAAUGGCAGGAUUUGUUUUUCUUUGUAACUUUAUCUGGUAUCUGUCAGAUUUUCUACUCUCCAUAUGUAUUUACAGUUUGAUUUCUUACUGAAAAAAAGGUCUUUUAGCAUUGGUUACUGUAUGAAAACUCUUCAACUGGUACGUGUUCCUCAUUGUUGUAUUUUCUCAGUGCUGAAUAUGGAGCCGCAGUGGAAUCCCUUCUCAAAAGGUCGACAAAUGAGUCUUCAUGGUUACAAAGGAAACGCUUCAUUAUAUUCAAGCUUGUGUUUCUACUUCACAAACAUCCUUUUUAAAAUAUUUUUGUUCUUUCAGCUGUCUGCUAGAGACCGCUUUCUUCCAUUUCUGCAGCAUCAGCAUGAAGUUAAGAGGCAGAAAUGAGUAUUCGGUGCUGAGCUCGGUCUGUAAUUAGGGUUUUUUAAAACUCUUAAUGGCUGCUCAUGACAGCGAUGCCUCGUCAUCUCUAAACAUGUUUGUUUCCAAGGGCAGCUGGUGGAGAUUAAUGCUUUAGUAUCAAAUAAUUUUGCUCGUGUCAUGUUGAACUUCAUGGAGCCAUUAAAUUAUAGGACCAAUUACACAGAAGAUUUUACUGUCAGCAGACGUGAAAAGCAAAAAUAUUGUCCUUAAAAAGUACUCAACUCUGUAGGUCAACAAUUCUGAAAAGAAACAAAAGCAUCUUCAUCACUAUGUGACUAUUUAGUGAAUGCUUUCUAACAUACUGUAGAGUAAUACAUGCACAUCUUCUCCUCUGAGCUUCCAUAUUAGUUGGACGUUCAUUGACUUUCGGUGCGUGUUCAUUCAGCAGCUUCCACUGGUUGGUGCUCACAGGAGGAGUUACAGUGUAGCAGCUCCAUCAUUCCAGUGUGUUACAAAGCGUUUGGUAAAUGUGUGUUGUUCAUCAGCACAAACUGGGAGAGAUGGAAGUAAUGGUAAAGUAUUCCUCUGAUUUUUCCUUGUGCCUUCAGUUUACAGGCUAAUUUCACUUCUGAAUCUCUCCAGAAUGGUGGUCACUUUUCAGAUGGCUUCAUUUAAAGAGCCUGUAUUCUGCUUUUGGGUUUUCACCUUUCCAUCAGUGUGCUGUAGCUUUUUUAGCACGUGAAAGGUUUGCAAACUGGGCAAAGGCUGAAGUCUUCAUCAGAGGCAGCUGUUCUCUCCCACAAACAACCCUGUUCCUUAAAACGCCUCAUUCCAAGUCCAGGCUUUUCUUCCGUUACGUUUCUACAUCACAAAGUAAUACAUCUCCGUGACGCCUGCCUCUCCGCUAGUUUGACCCUCAAACAAAGAAUGAGCCGUCAGUGUUUUCCCACUAGAGAUGUUUCUGCUGGAGGUAGAGCUCUCUCUAGACCUCCAGCUGACCGAGGCUGCCUGACUUUAGUCAAGUGGCCAAUCAAAACAGCCGGGGUUUUUCCGAUGAGGGGGGCGGAGCUUAAACAGAAUGUUUUAGAAAGAACAGCUGCAGUGUAAAGCGUAAGAAAAUGCAUGUAGACGUGUUCUGGUUGAGCCAAAAAAUGAAACUAUGAACCUGUAAAUGUGCAGAGUAUAGACUCUUUAAUAGGAUCACAAUUCCUGAAAUAGCAACCUGCUGUCAAAUGUCAACAGACCCAGAACAGUUUUAAAGGGAAUCAAAUGAGAUGUUAGCACUUUGGCCUUUUUAUAACCACCAGUGCCCUUCUUAGGUAGUUUAGUUUUUUAAUUUUGGAUUUGUUGCGUCUGUUUUUCUUCCUGAGUAAGCUACAAAGACCUGGGCUGACAAAUGCAUGGUUUAUAUUUAACAAACCUCGUGUUUCCUGGAUUUAUUAGCUUGAUCUGGCGUCGACCCAGGUCUGUCUUGUCCAGCUUAACUUCUAACAUUCCUCGGAGCUGCUUGACCGCUCAUUUUUCCAGACAUUUCUGGUGCACAUCCAGCAUAAAGCACAGUUCUAUUUUUCUACGUAGGUUUAGUGGCGCCGCGGUCAGAGAGGAGACGGCUGAGUUUUGAUCACUGAUGUGUGAGGGAAUUAAAAACAAGCUUCUCAGGUCAUGAAACUCCUCAGGGGUGUAAGAUAACGACGGUAGUGGUGAGAAAUGACUGUAGAUAGUUGAGAUUCUUCAUACAGAGUCACGUCUGUAUAUACGAGCAACACUCGGCUGUAUGUGUAUAUCAGGUUUUGUUUUAUCGGCCGAAGGGUGCAAUCUUAAAGCGUUUAGAUAAAAAAUGAAUUAUUGCUUCAAAUAUUGAGCAGUUAUCAAACAUCUGAUAUUUCUGGAGAGAAACACUUCAGCUCGAUUUGAUCUGGGAUGUCCAGGCCUGUGUUGUGGCCUCUUGGUGUGUAGAACUCCAUGUUUCUGCAAUACACUGAGUCAUGAGCACAACUCGCUUCAUUUUUCAGUUUUGUGUUUAAAAGCAAAGCAAAAGGGAUUCGUUUUUCUGCCUUAUCUUGUCAACUUUGGAUGCACUGUUGUUUUUAACAGCUUUUUUUUUUUUGAGUGGUCAAAAACUGUUUACUUUGGUUUCAGAAUCGGCAUGGAAAAAGGGUAAAUAUUGAAAGUCAUGCCGCCUGACUGAUUACAUUUGAUGCACAGGUGUUGUUACUCUGCUGUUAGAAGAGCAACGCAUCAAACAUUUAGUUGAAAUCACUGAAGAACAGAGGAGCAAAUGAAACUGUCCGGAUGCUGUGGAAUCACUUCUGUUUCAUUUCUACCUUUUUAAUCAACAAAAUGGACAUUUAAGGGAUUUUGAUGACUGUCUAAUGACUCCAAAACAAAACCAGGUAUUUGUUGAGUUAUUUAAUGGUCGUUCAAGGUUGGGACAGUAAUUCCCACUGUUUCCUGCUUCAUCUUAACCCUCUGAACCUCAAGCUGUUUCUGGGCGUUUUUUUGCUCUCAUCACAUUUCCAUCCACUGUGGGCUGAUUUUUCUUUGUUCCUGCACUUCUAUGGACACAGCACAACAACGGCUACAAGUAGAGAGAACUCAAAAAUCUCUUUUGUGCAUUAUGACACAGUUAUAAUGUCAUAAAUCAUUAAAAAAAAGAGGAAAAAAUCUAUAUGUACCACACAGGUGUUACCGAUAGGGGUAAACAUGCCAAAUAUUCCCAGAUUUUUGUUACAUGACUGUAGACUACAGCUGAGUUAAUGAUUUUUUAACUCAAUUCAAAGAUCAUUUUUCACUUUUACCUUUCCAUCUUGCCUGGCAGGUUUUGGGGUUCCGAGGAUUAAGUAGCAGCGAACUUACCUUUCACUUUGUUGAAAAUUCAGGGUUUUUUUUCAGUGAAACAUAUCUGGAAAAUGUUUGUUUUCCCUCUGUUUUAAUUUAUUUGCUUGUUUCAGGUAGAGAACUCAGAUUAAUCAGUGUUUCAGUUCAAUUUAUUUAAGGAGUGUAAAUCCUACUGAAAAAUAAAUGGCUUCUGGAUUCAUCUUUUCUCAUGUUUGCCACUAUAAACGACUAUCUAAUUUAUUCAUCGUCAGUCAAUUCCAUCUAAUUGUUCUUGUUUUUGCAGGUGUUUGGCUCAUAUUGUGUAAAAUAUGCAAUUUAAUGUCAGCUUUGUAUUGAAGCACAAACAUGGUGUUUACAUGUCAACCAUCACUGGCCUCCACAGAAAACCCAAGUCUACAAAAGUGAACCAGUAAAUGAACAAAAGACAGAAAGGUUUGGAAGUUUUAUUUAGGAUUCAUAAUGUCAGUGUUUUCAGGCUCAGAUCAGCUGCACCUCAUCAGAUUUUUGGCCAAACUGCAGGUGAGCAAGAAGCUGUGCAGACUCAAGAUCAGAAGUUAUCACUGCUUCAUUUCUAUCUUCUAAACUGUCUCUUUUCAGGAUAAGCAUCUGAGUUUUCUGUUCCUGAAGUGUGUCUGCCUUAAAAUGUGUGGUGCAAGUCAGGAAUCUGUUUGAGAUCACUGGUAUUUAGUUUGUGUCUGUUGUUUGUUUCUGGUUGCUUGUUUAACUAAGAAAAUAAAAAAAAUGAUGAAACUUAA